CAAAUUUGGGUCAGGGGUGAGAGACCAACGUCACAGGCUUGCAAGAUGGCGCGCGGACGGCUGUGAGAUGGUAAACCGGGCUGGUUAAUCCAGAAAGGCUCCUGCCGAUGCAAUAAGGUUGUACUUUUCGGGGAAGAGAAGGCGAGAUGGAAUUACCAAAUCACGCUAGACAGCUGCUGCUCCAGCUGAAUCAGCAGAGGGCCAAGGGCUUCCUGUGUGACGUCAUCAUUGUGGUGGAGAACGCCCUCUUCAGGGCGCACAAGAACGUCCUGGCCGCCAGCAGCAUGUACUUCAAAUCGCUUAUGCUUCACGACAACCUGGUGAAUCUGGACAUGGACAUGGUGAGCCCGUCGGUCUUCCGGCAAGUGCUGGACUUCAUCUACACGGGCAAGCUGCCGUCCACAGACCAGCCCUGCCAGCAGAAGUUCACCGCCCUCCUGACGGCUGCCAGCUACCUCCAGCUGCAUGAUCUGGCGGCCCUCUGCAGGAAACGGCUUAAAGGCUGCGGCAAGCCCCUCCCGGUGAAGCCGGGCAUGGUACGGGGGCACCGCAAGCAGAAAGUCUCCUCUGCCAAGCCCGCCUCUGUCCACCGUUUGGUUUCUGAGGACAAGCAGCGGGACCAAGACAAGCCACAGGACGAGAGAGUGUCGGAGGAUGAGGAGUAUGCAGGUAGGGCCCCAGGGACCACAUCAGGCAGUAAGACGGGCAGCAGUGGCGAGGUCGGCGGCGGGGAUGAGGAGGAGGAUGGUCAGGAGGUGGGGCUGGACCUGUCCAAAAAGAGUCCUUCAGAGAGCUCUGUUACGGAGGAGGUCAGCCCCCCAAGCCUCAGGGACGAGUCGCCCCCAUCUGAAUCCCCAUCAGCUGGCAACAGCGCCACGUCUGAGGAACCUGGCCAGCCCCCAGACCUGGAGGAUGGUGAGCCCAUGGAGCUGGGGGAACGGGCGCUUGAGAAGAGCCCGCUUCUACCAGAUGGAGACCGACCACGUGCCAGGUUCCGCCAGUCUGCCCGCAAGAAGGAGUGGCCUAAGAGGGAAGGGGGCGUGGCCAAUGCCACAGAGAAGCCAGCAGCGGCCAACUUGAGGUCAGUGGUCACCGGCGAUCAGCCAUCCAACGGAAAUAGCUUUAGCUCGGAUCAGGCUUUCGGAAGCGCCGAGGAGGGGGAAAACGGGAAGGAUCACAGUGACGAGAGCGAGGGUGAGAGUCCCGGUGCCAAUUAUGUGUACCGUCAGGAGGGCUUUGAGGUUGCCGUCGGCGACAACCUAUACGUCUGCAUUCCUUGUGGCAAAGGUUUCCCCAGCUCCGAGCGGCUGAAUGCCCACGUGGAGACGCACACCGAGGAGGAGCUGUGCAUCAAGGAGGAGGCCGAGGACCUAUCGGCAAGGGUGGCCCCACCCCCUGGCACAGAGCCCCGCCCCUUCGAGUGCUCGGUGUGCAGCAAGAGCUACAAGGACCCAGCAUCCUUGCGGCAACACGAGAAGGGUCACUGGCUCCCGCGGCCCUUCCCCUGCCACAUCUGCGGCAAGAUGUUCACGCAGCGCGGCACCAUGACACGCCACAUGCGCAGCCACCUGGGCCUGAAGCCGUUCGCCUGCGAGGAGUGUGGCAUGCGCUUCACCCGCCAGUACCGCCUGACGGAGCACAUGCGCGUGCACUCGGGCGAGAAGCCGUACGAGUGCCAGCUCUGCGGGGGCAAGUUCACACAGCAGCGCAACCUCAUCAGCCACCUGCGCAUGCACACCAGCCCGGCGUGAGACAGACACCCAGAGAGGCCCCUGCCUGCCCACCCAGCCGUGGUGCCCCCUCACCUGGGUGAGGUGGCUACUUGCCUGCUGGUGGUCAGCCUCCAUCUGGGGCAUGGACACUGGAUACCAGCGUUCCCAACCUUCACCUGGGCCCCCGCCCUCUGGGGUGCUCCUCCUUUCCGUCGGGUUUGUCUUCCUUGCGACGGCUCGGCUGAUUUACCCUCAGCCGCAUCGCUGUUGCAUAUUUAACCCCGUAGGGUCUGAUAGCCUCACUUUUCUCAUUUUAGUACCUCAAACACACAGGGCCCCAAAGCUCCUGAUUCCCCGAUGCUGGGGGAUUACAGAAAUCCCAGAAAGGCAGAGGGGGGGGGGAGCUUUUUUUUAUCAUUAAUGUUCAUUUCUAGCCUCUAGGGAUGCACCCUUUUCUGAAAACUGAACCUUUCCAUGGUACUUUGUCUUAACGAACCGUUGGUCUUUACAUGUCUUUGUGAAUGUUUUAACUGGAUGGCGUGGGGGGGCUUUUCUUCCGGGGAUGGGUGGGUCUUUAAAUCCUUGUCAAUUUUGUUGCUGGAUCUGUUUCAGCUGUCCCUCCGCCAUAUUCUUCACGUUAAACCCCCCCUUUCUGAAACAGGAGGGACUUGUCUGAAUAGACUUCUUACAGUACUACCUCUGAAUUGUUCUCCGCGAACAAUACAUUGAUGAGUGAAAUUGGGGGUGGGGUGUGGGGUGUGGGGUGUCCUAAAUGUUAGUAAUAUGUUCAAAGGUUGUAGCGUAACAGCGCAUUAAUUUAGCCUGCCCACCACUCAAGAUGUUUGUGUUUGUAUUUUGCAAGUAUUAUUAUUAUUAUUAUUAUUAUUAUUAUUAUUAUUAUUUAACAGCUUUAAAUUGCCUUACGGGUCCUCAAAGAUUCAGCCUGGCCUGGGUGGAUGAUUAUUGUCUGAUGGACAUGUGCUUGGUUUCCAAAGAAUGAUGAGAACUGGAGGGCAAGAGCGAUAAAGAGACCAGUAGCCUGAGUGCUCUGGGCACUGAGAACCAAAGUUUUAAUGUAAGUAAAUAUGUGGGGAUAUUGAGGUGUUCCGCAAAAAAAAGCACUGUAGCGGAAGGAUCGGAGUGUUUUUAUUGACCAAUGAGAAGUUGCAGACCAACAAACAUCUUCUGAUUGGUGGGUUGGUAAUGUUGAUUUUAAGCUUUAGGAAUUUUUUCUUCCCUUGUACAAAUUUAGAGAAUCUUUGUGUAGUUCAUACAUGUCUUCAAAAGGGCAUUAAUUUUGAGUCAAACCAAAAAAGAAAAUCAACCUUAAACAAUGUGUGAAGUUUAUCUAAUCUUUUUCUCUUUUGCCAAACGUGAAGCUCGUACUGAACGGGAUUUUGAUAAGCUCUUUUUCCACACGGGGGUCUUUUAGACGGGAUUGAUUUCUUUCCGAGGGGCAUCCUUUUAACAAGACAUCAUCCUUCUAACCAAAUUAACCCUUAAACUGGGUGAGAUACAUGCCGUCACUUUUCAGAUGAACUGGAAACUCGAGGCACUUGGACAUUUUAGAAACACUUUGAAUCGGGGAUUUGGGGGUUUGGAAGGAUCCCAUCUUCAGCUCACCCCCUCUCCGACACCCUGUAGCAGGUACAUUCCUGCAAAUGUGUUUGUCUGGACGCCCUCUGCAGUAGUGAUAUUCUCACCCUCCAAUUUACUAGGCAUAGUUCAGCACAGAGACGGCGUCCUUCAGUCAGUUUAAAUGUUAGUCAUCAGCAGCAUGACAUCAGGCACCGAUGUAGUUAAAAAAAUGAAAUUUGUCCUGAGCUGCUGUCUUGUUAAAAAGCAGCUUUUGGUCUCUGAGUUGCGAACGAUACCUUUUUUAAAAUGAGGGACAAAGAAACGCAUUACAAAGGGUGAGUUUCAGGGUGUCGGAAGUUUCCAGAAGCAUCCCAAAGCAGCCCCAGCCAACACCAGCCUGUUUCCUGUCCCUGUUAAAUGAAUGUCAGGGGUCACAUGUGGCUGGAGUUUUGGUGGGGGGGGGGGGUAAUGAGCUUUUGUAGGAAAGCGCCUCGCAGGCUGGUCCUGUGGGGGCUCCAGUCUCCAGGUGGUUCUUCCCCCAAAUGGCUGCCAGAGAUGCUAACCCUAAAUCAAGGGCUCAGGUUUUAUGUGCUCUCUGGGCUGGUUUAGGCAUGCUGAAUAGGCCCUAACCCUACCCUCAUCAGCCCCCAAGGCACCCUUAAGUGUUCCUGUCAGGAAUCUCUGAGGACGCUCACUGCACAGGCCCUGUAGUUGACGUGUCACACAGUUAAGGGCUUGGCCGAUGAACACAAGGCUUGCGCUGGAGCUGGCUGCAGACCCAUGGCUGGUGCUCCUAUCAGCCGCGGCCCUUGGCCUGUAGCAGUGUCAAAUUUGUAACUUCCUCUGGUUAAAAGUGCCAAUUAAGCAGGUAAAUCUCAGCAGAUGCUUAUAACAAAACUCUGUAGGUCACCUGGGGUUUGAAGACACGCUGCCCUUAAUCCCGGGUCUGGUUAGCAUGUCUUGCUAGCCAGAGGGAAGUGUCAGCGGACAAAGGCCUUAACCGUCAUUAUUGUGGAAGGGCAUCGUAAAACAAUUCCAAGCUGUGCCCGUCUUCAGGGUUUGUUCAUUAUCUGACUGCAGGACACUCCGCUCGAGUGUCCUUUGAUUCUUUAUUUUUUUGUAUUAUUACAAAAGACACUGGCGUAGUUUUUUGUGAGAUCUAGUUAAAACAGCCUUGAGGCAAGGCAGGGCAGCUUGACGUUGAAACGACACCCAUGCUGUAUAGCCAGAGAGCGGGAGGAGGCCGUCACACAGACUAGCGCACGGUUCACCUUGUUUACAGACUCGUACCGUUCCAUACCUCAGCAGGCAUGAGAAGAACUGGGGACGUCUUGCGUUGCUGCACAGGGCCGGAUCCCACUGUGCCACCCCAACCCCCCCAGGACCAAGCACUGUGCUUAUGGGAGGGGGUGUGACACGGCUCUCAUACGCAGGGCGCCCUCAGAGUUUUUGGCCUCUCAUGACAGUCAUGAAUCGCAUCGGACUCACAAGUGUUAUGUAUUUUUAUGUUUUGUUGUUUUCUCGUCUGUGGCUGAUGAAUGUACAACCUCCCCCCGCCCCCCCCCCCCAGCUGAUACUGAGUCAGGUUAUCAUCCCCUCUAGUUGUCAGUUACUUUGUGUGUAAAUGCGUCCUGUUUAUGUGUCUAAGAGAGCGAAGCCAUGUUAACCCAAUCUGCGAACCCGGUUCAGAAGGCAUUUUCAAAACCACUACCGAGGCGGGUCUCUCGCUCGCUCUCUCACUCGCUCCCACCUGUGUCUCUCCGUCCCUCUUGGAUUCCUGGUUGUUUCCAAGUUGUAGCUCGACCCGGCAAAAAUGUUUUAUUGCUGUUCUUAAAACCAAACCAGCUGGCCAGACCUUUUCUUGCUCUCCCAUAAGUGUAAAAGCGAUUUUGGUUUGGAUUGUUACUGUUAGUUACUUUAUUCUCGUCUUCAUUGUUGCUUCAUCAUACAGCAUUAGAAAAAAGCUUUAAAUGGUUGUCAAGAAUAUAGGCCCCCACUUUGCCCCGUGUGUGGAAUUUUGUGUAUAUGUUCUUUGCUUUCCUGUAUCCUUUUCUGACUAAACGGCAGUCACGUGCAUCCCAUGUACACUGUGUUAAAGGCAAUUCCUGCCCCAAGGGAUUGUGGGAAAGAUGCAGAACCUGGAGACAGGUGAUCUACCAGUCUAGGUUUUUUGAGCUUUAAAUAAUCCCAUGUGAUCACUCCACCUUCCCUCCAGUACCAGGGUAUCUGUGCAUGCCCUCCCCACCCCCCCUCCCCAGAAAUAUUUGCCAAAGGACAAACUCUCCUCCUUCGUCACUGCUUCUUAUCUCGCAGUGACUGGGUGGACGUAACCCAAAGAGAACCUGUUAGCCAGAAAUAUAGUAGCAAAGGACCUCUUUCUUGCUUAGUCUGCAGUUCCGAUGUAAUAUUUGGAGAAAUUGCAUUGAGAAAAUGAUCUCUGAAAUCUGUUUUAACUCAUUUUUUUCCUGGAACUGUAAUGGAAGUGCACUGUUUUAAAGGGAAACGCCUUAGCUGCUAAUCUAGUACUUGAAACCUUUUAAAAUAAUACACCAGUUUUCUCCCUGUGGUAUAGAUCCAUUUUUUACAGUAACCUCUUCAGAUGUAGCAGUUCGUAAUGCUCUCGCUAGUGGCAACACCCUGACUGUAAGACCCUUAACCUCAGGAAGCUUCUGGUUCAGGUAAAGGGUUACAAAGUGUGUAGCUAGAAACUCACCGUGUCAUGAAAGCUCUUUCUUCUGAUUGUCAUCGUUCACAAUCGCAUUUUUUUAAAUGUACAUCAAUAAGACCUUAUUUUAUAUUUUCAUUAAAUGUUUUCAUUGAAACUGUUCA